AUGCCCAUCCCUCCUACCCAACUACACACUCAACUCGCCAAUUUCCACUCGAAUCGCGACGGGGAAAAAACAACAACUCUCGCCAAACCUCCAAAAACAACAACACCUUUUCAAAAACUUCAAAACUCGUCCUCCAACCCAUUACCGUGCCUCCCCAGAUUACCCCAGUUUUUCCGGAUUAACUUGUGGGGAAAUAAACUUUACCAGAGUGCCGAAAUUAAACUCCGUCGGAUCCAUUAUUCCGUCCGCCCUUCUCCUCUCCACCCACACAAGACCAUGUCUAUCAGCACCCUGCCGCUGGCGAACAUCUACGCGGAGCCGACCAAGCAGCAGCCGCGCUAUGAUCAGCUGACUAAGCGGUUUUCGGAGCUGUACGCAGUCUCCAGCCCGACUUUGGUGAGAUCGCCGGGCCGAGUCAACCUCAUUGGCGAGCACAUUGACUACUCCCACUUCAGUGUCAUGCCCAUGGCGAUUGAGGAUGACGUCAUCAUGGCCUUCAGCGUUGGCGGCGACUCCAUUGAGAUUGCCAACAUGGAAGACGACAAGUUCCCGGCAGAAAAGUACAACGUUCCGACCGCCGACCAGGUGCUCACUAUCGACCAGACAAAAACAGUGUGGACCAACUACUUCAAAUGUGGACACACAGUGGGCCGAAAGCAUCUGAGAGACUCUGGAGAGGAGGUAAAACCCGUGGGAAUCAAGGUGUUGGUCCAUGGAACUGUCCCCGACGCCUGUGGACUGUCCUCUUCCGCUGCCUUUGUGGUGUGCUCCACUCUCGUCACUCUUCUGUCCCAGGGCAUGCAGGAGGUGUCACGUGAGCUGCUCACCAGGCUCUCCAUCACGUGCGAGCAGCUUAUUGGUGUCAACACCGGCGGUAUGGACCAGGCUGCCUCCAUCUACGGCCAACUCAAUCAUACUCUCCUGGUGGAUUUUGCUCCAACCCUCAAGGCCACUCCAUUCCAGUUCCCCUCAACGACCCCCAAGACCGUUUUUCUGGUUGCCAACACGCUGGUCAAGUCCAACAAACACGAAACCGCGCCUCGAAACUACAAUCUGCGGGUUGUGGAGAUCACUCUGGCCGUCAACGUGCUUCUGAAGAGUCUCAAGGGAGUCACCAUUCCUCAGAACGGAAACCUCAACAAGGGAACUCUUCACGGACUUAUGAAGGCUGUUGAUACUGACCUGCACGGACUUUUGGACCUGGUGGAAACUCUGCCCAAGGAGCCUGUGACUCUGCAAGAGGUGGCCGGCCUGCUGAACGUCUCUGAGGACGACGUCAAGAAGCAGUACUUCAUUUUCCCCGUCGAAUUCGACACUCUGGCUCUCUACUCGCGGGCCAAGCAUGUUGUCACAGAGGCCAUUCGAGUCAAGGAGUUUCAAAACCUGCUGUCCAAGGGCGAGUCUGACCCCAGGCAGCUCGGCAAGCUCAUGAACGAGAGUCAAAAGUCGUGCGACCAGCUCUUCAACUGCUCCUGUCCUGCCAUCGACAAGGUGUGCGACAUUGUGCUCAAUUCUGGAGGGUUUGGAUCGCGUCUGACUGGUGCGGGGUGGGGAGGAUCUACUGUCCAUCUGGUUGAGGAAGCCAAGCUGAACAACGUGAUUGACGCUCUGAAGAAGGAAUACUACAGCGACAUGGAUGGUGUCGAUUACGAUAGCGCCAUGGUCGUCACUGUGCCUGGCGAGGGAUGUGCUAUUGUUGAUUUGUAA